UGAACAUGCUCAACAUUCCUCUCACCAAAUCUUAGCCACCGAGACGGACAACAAGAUGGCAGCUUCAGCAGUGGAUCCAAAGCCUAUCCACAGGCUUGAGGAGUCACUGAUCAACCGCAUCGCUGCUGGCGAGAUCAUCCACAGACCUGCGAACGCUUUGAAAGAGCUACUCGAGAAUGCUCUCGAUGCGGGAGCAACGCAGAUCAAGAUCACGGCGAAGGAUGGUGGGUUGAAGCUUCUGCAGAUAGUAGAUAACGGGUCGGGCAUACGCAGGGCCGAUCUUCCUCUGCUUGCAGCGCGAUUCUGCACUUCGAAGCUCUCCACGUUCUCAGAUCUAUCGAAAUUGCAAACGUACGGCUUCAGAGGGGAGGCACUCGCCAGCAUCUCCCAUGUUGCGCAUCUCAACGUGGUCACGAAGACCAGGGACGACUCUUGCGCUUGGAGAGCAAGUUAUUCAGAUGGUUUACUCGCACCUGCCAAAGCGGGCACGUCCGCUGACCCUAAACCCUGUGCUGGUAAUGAUGGAACGACAAUUACCGUCGAAGAUCUCUUCUACAACACACCCCUUCGACUAAGAGCACUCAAAUCUCCUUCCGAUGAAUAUGCGCGUAUCCUAGACGUCGUCCAAAGAUAUGCUAUUCACAACCCAAGCGUCUCCUUCCUGUGCAAGAAGACUGGAUCAAACACUGCCGAUGUCUCGACUCCCUCCUCGGGGACGGUCAAGUCCGCCAUCCAGACCAUCUAUGGCCCAAGCGUUGCGAAAGAGCUGCUAGAGGCGCAGGCGGAAGCUGGGACCAAGGACGAAUUCGAGUGGCAAGCCGAAGCAUGGUUCACAAGCGCCAACUAUCAUGCCAAGAAACCCACGUUCUUGUUGUUUAUCAACCAUAGAAGUGUUGAGAGCGCGAGAGUGAAGAGAGCAGUUGAGGCCGUGUACAGCGGCAUCCUGCCAAAAGGCGCAUGUGGAUUCAUCUAUCUGAGUCUGGACAUCGAUCCAAGCAAAGUCGACGUGAACGUCCAUCCCACGAAACGAGAAGUCCAUUUCCUGGAGGAAGAAGCUAUCACUGAGAAGGUAGCGGAUUCUAUGCAGGCAGUGUUAGCGGCGAAUGACCAAUCAAGAACAUUUCAAUACCAGACUGUUCUCACCGGUCACAGUCCUUUCAAGUCACAGGGCAAGAUGAAGCGCAGUGACCUGCAAAAAGAGCGGACCCCCGCUGGGUCUGACGAGGAAAUACAGAGUGAAGACGAAGUCGAAGAUGAGGAGAAUGAGCAAGACCUGGACCUGGAACGGCCCAGGGCUGGGCCGUCUUCCUCUCUGAAGCCGUCCCGAAAACCCUCUCAACCGUCGUACAAGAAAAUCCGGAAUGACCUUAAGACGAGAACCUUGGACUCGAUGUUCCCCGUUCUCCAAAGCAGCUCGGAAUCUCAGUCGUCACAGCCAAAUAUGGAAAUUGAGAAGAAAGAAAAAGCACCUGCUAUCUCCGAGAGUCGAUGUUUCUUGACUAGCGUGCAGGAGCUGAGGGCAGCAGUGAAGAAGGCGAAGCAUUCGCAUCUGGCAGAGAUCAUCGUCGAGCACACCUACGUGGGCAUCGCAUCGAUGAAUCUGUGCCUCUCGCUGGUUCAAUCAUCCACCAAACUAUUCCUGAUCAAUCACGCGGCUCUCUCGGAGGAGCUUUUCUAUCAGCUCGGGCUGAUGCAAUUCGGAAACAUUGGGAAGCUGACUCUUGAGCCUGCGCCGAGUUUGGAGGAGCUCGUUAGACUCGCUGUGGAUGCAGAGGCGGCUAUCAAAGAGCAGGGGCUGAUCCCCGAAAAGAUUAUUAAGUCCAUUCUCAAGACCAUCAUGGCCCAAAGAGCGAUGCUGGCAGAAUAUUUCUCGCUCGAAAUCACCUCCUCUGGUGAGGUGUCUACACUCCCACUCCUCCUGCCCGGAUACACGCCAAACCUCGACCGUCUCCCACUCUUCCUCAUGCGUCUCGCGCCGCAAGUGAACUGGACGUCGGAAUCCGAAUGCUUCUCCACCUUCCUACGGGAGUUAGCUUAUUUCUACGUCCCUGGUCGUGUUGUACAAGAGAAGGAAGACCCUGCGCCGGAAGAGCAAGAGGAAGGGAAGAGGAAAAGCGAGGAGUGGCAGAUCGAGCAUGUGCUAUUUCCCGCGUUCAGGAAGUAUCUUGUACCUCCUCGAGGGCUGCUCGAGAGGGACGUGGUGCAGGUUGCAGAGUUGAGGGACUUGUACAGGGUGUUUGAGCGAUGUUAGAUUUCUCUUUGCGUUUUCAUUAGGUCUCCUAAUUCCUGUGUCGAAUCCUCAUUGUAUUCUAUCGCAAUAUU